UACAGUACUAAAAGGAAUGACGCAAGGAGAUUAACUCUACAAAAGAUCCCAGUUCUGCUGACAUAAUCCAUGUGUCACUGAGGGACGACGUUACUCGUAAUGGAACCUACAUCCCAUCUUCCUGGGCAGAACUUCUCCCAUUUCUCCUUCUUCUCCGAGCUGCAUCAUUCAUACUGGUUUGUGCCAGUAAUGGAGACCAUGGUUCUACUGAUCCUCUUUUUAAUUUCAGUGGUUGGCAACAUUGGUGCACUUGUCCUGGUUUUGCAAGAAAGACAACUAGCGAACACAACCAACUUAACCAUGAACCUUUUCCUGGCGGAUCUUUUGUUUGUCAGCACUGUUCCUUUUGUGAUUACUGUGAGGUGGACCAAGGCAUGGAAGCUGGGCUCCGCUGCCUGCAACUUGAUCAUGUACUUCAUCAGCGUGAGUGGUAUUGUUACCAGCACCACACUGGCUGCCAUCAGUAUGGAGAGACUGCUUGCAAUAUUGAAGAUGAAAACUACACACAGUCUAAAUCCCAGAUGGACACAAGGAGUGAUAUUUCUUAUCUGGUUCAUUUCUGCUAUUGCAAUGUUACCUCUGUCACUGUUCUCCAGUGUGAUAACAGCCAUCUCCCCACAACAGGGAGAAAUGACCAUAUGCGCUCUUAUAUGGCCGAAUUUAAAGGUCGAGAUUUUGUGGUAUGCCAUCUUCCUUGCAUUAGGCUUCCUGGUACCGGGUUUUAGCAUUGUUCUCAGUUACACCCAAAUCUUACAGAUCAAGCGGCGUUCCAAAAGAAGACUUCACAUGACCACAUCACAAAGACAAGCACAGUCAAGCACAGUGUCUAAACAGGACUACAAACUUUUCCGUACACUCCUUAUUCUCAUGAUAUCUUUCUUCAUCAUGUGGAGUCCCAUCUAUAUCUUCACCUUUCUCAUUCUCAUACACAACACCCAAGUCCAUCUUCCUAUUACCUCCUCUAUGUUUGUCUGGGUGCUGACAUUCACCAUGGCCAACUCAGCCCUGAAUCCUGUCCUCUACAGCCUUUGCCAGCUGAGGCACAGAUGGCAAAGGCUUUUUUGUGCCACAGCGAUCACCAGGUCAAAGAGCUGUUACUCAGUAGGGAAAUAA